AUGACUGCAGCUCCGGGCUUUCCACUGCUACAAGCGGGCCCUGUGUCUGCUCUGCAGGCACCAGCUCCAGCUAAACUUGAACCCUCCGCCCCUAUGAAUCGUUUGGCCUCUAGCGUCCUCUUCCUCCUCAGCUUCCUGCUGUUGGUGUUCUCCAUGCCAACCUGCCAUCUAAAGGGACCCUUGGUCCAGAGUGCCCACAACCUGCUGAGAGACAUGGGGGCGCCAUUCCCACUCCACUGCCUGCAGCACAACCACAACAUCUCCCUCCCAGACUCUGUCUUCCCUUCCACCAAGUCCAACCAGCAUCAGUGCAACCAGGUGGUACGGGUUGUCUAUGAGGUGCUGGAAGGGGUGAGGCAUCUCUUCGAUAACUACACACUACCUGAAGGAGAGGGCGAAGUUUCCUGGGACUCUGAGAAACUCAACAACUUCCAGAAUCGUUUGUACCGACUGCUGGACGAGGGCAAAUGUUUGUCACGGGUUGAAGGUUCAGUGGUCGUGUCCUUGUACUUUAGACAUGUAGCCGCUGUCCUCCAGCAGCAGGGCAGCUCAGACUGUGGUUGGCUGUGUCUGCGAAGAGAUUUGCUUUGGGUUCUGGACACCGCACUUCACAAUCACCGCGCCUGUUUCUUUUGGAGCCACCCCCACUGA